UACAGAAAUAUCCAAGAAAUGGAAGUUGCCAAAGUUCUUCACAUGAAUGAAGGAAUUGGAGAGGCUAGCUAUGCCAAAAAUUCUUUGCUUCACGUAUAAUAUAAUUACACAAAUUUUUAUUUCCCCACUGAGCAAAAGGUGAUCCUCAUGACAAAGACAAUAAGAGAUAAAGCCAUAUCUGCACUCUACCGCAGCCUUUCCCCAGAAACCAUUUGUAUUGCGGACUUAGAUUGUUCCUCUGGACCUAAUACUUUCUUGGUGGUCACCCAACUUAUUAGAGUUAUUUGCGAAGAAUGCAAAAGCAACGGCCAACAACAGCAGCUACCGGAAUUUCAUGAUUUCUUGAAUGAUCUUUCGGGGAACGAUUUUAAUACCAUUUUUCGGUCAUUGAUGCCGGAAUUCUAUGAUGAUUUGAGGAAGAAGAACAUAAUAGAAGAUGAAUUUGAUCCAAAUAAUUGUUUUGUCUCAGGAGUUGCUGGUUCAUUCUAUAAUAGACUUUUUCCUUCCAAGAGUCUGCACUUUGUCCACUCUUCUUACAGUCUCCACUGGCUUUCUCAAGUGCCUGAUGGAAUAGAGAAUAACAAGGGAAAUAUUUGCUUGACCAGUACAAGUUCAGCAAGUGUGAUUAAAGCGUAUUAUGAGCAAUUUGAAAGAGAUUUUGCAACUUUUUUAAAGCACCGGUCGAAGGAAUUGGUGCAAAACGGGCGUAUGAUAUUGACAAUGUUGGGCAGAAAAAAUGAAGAUCUCUUUUGCAAAGGGUGUUCCGACGAAUGGGAGCUUUUAGCCACGGUCCUCAAAAUCAUCGGUGGAUCAAUAGAAGAGGAAAAAAUGGAUGCAUUCAACAUUCCUGCAUACAAUCCAUCUCCUGCAGAAGUGAUGUGUGUAGUUGAGAAGGAAGGAUCUUUUGCCAUUAAUAGCUCGGAAACUUCAGAAAUCCAAAGGAAUGAUUCUUCUGAUGAGAAGUAUAAUAUGAUACAAAGUUUUAGAUCUGUGGCUGAACCUUUGCUUGUCAGCCAUUUUGGUGAUGAAUUGAAUGUGGAUCAAGUAUUCCACUAUUAUAGAGAGAUCACUGCAAAUAAUUGCAUGGAAAAAGAGAAGAUUAUGUUCAUAAAUGUCAGUGUUUCCUUGGUUAAAAGAAACUAGGGCAGAGGCGAAGUCAGGAUUUGUCUUAUCCGGAUCCAU